AUGGUAUCAGAUAAUAAUAUGAAUUUAUUACCUGAACUUGGAAUUGUUACUAAUGAUACUUUACAAACAAAUGAUAUUAUUUAUGAAAAUGUUGAUAUGAAUGACAAUGAUGAUUGUCAAAUAGUGUAUCCUAAUAAUUUAAAAUAUACAUUAGCAUUAAUUGGCACAUGUUUAUCAGUAGUAUCAGUUAUUUCUAAUAUUUUAAUAGCAACAGUUCUCCUACGCCCAAAACAUUCACAUUUCUUUUUUCUUGGACUAUUAGCUGUAUCAGACACAUUUCUUUCAAUAUGGUAUGGUCCUAUUAUUGCUGUUAAUAUGAUGGGUGCAGAAAUAACAACAUUAUGGAUUCAUAAAAUUUGGUGGCUUUAUGCAGUACCUUUAUUAGCUUUAUGUAAUACAGCAAGUUCAUUCUCAGUCUUUCUUCUUAUACUUGCAACAGCUGAAAGAUACCUUAUAUUAAUAAAAUCAAAUCAUCUUAUUUGCUUUCGCUCACGUAGAAAACUUUUUGCUUUUUUAAGUUUUAUUUUUGCUUUAUUGAUAAGAGGAACAACAUUUUUGGAGGUUACAAUUGUAAAAAAUGGUGAUUGUACUGGAAUUCUUGAAUAUAGACCAAAUAGUACAAGAUUAGCUGAAACAUGGCCAUAUAAUCCACUUUUUACUGUUUAUAUUCGUCAAUUAGUAUCAAUAUGUUUACCAUUUGUUGUUUUAGCAUUUUUAAAUGCAAGUAUUGUGGCACAAUUAAGACAUCAACAUAGAGCUGCAAUUAUGUUUAGAUUUGCUAAUAGUUCACAAAAAGCAAAAGUACGAUCAGCUACAAGAUUACUAGUUUUUAUUGUAUUUUCAUAUCUCGUUGCAAAUUUUUUAAGCUUUUGUGUCACAAUAUGGGAAUACAUUGAUUUUGAAUCAACACAAUCUGAAGAAAAUUAUCCAUUAUAUGAUAGUUUAACUGAUUUAAUAUCUGUCUUAGCAAUACUUGUUUGUGCUUUAAGAAUAUUUAUAUAUCUUUCAUGUAAUCAAGAGAUAAGAAAUGCUUUUUCAAAUUUUUUUUGUAACAAAGAAACAGAUGGAAGAAAAUUAAAUUAUGAAUUAGAUGUAAAACCAAAUAACGGAAAUGGAAAAGCAUUACAAAGAAUUGGUACAGAUUUUGAUCAUAUCGUUGUUGUUAUUGCCAGACAAAGACCAUCUCUUGUUGAUUACAAUGACAAUAGAAUGACUGACUUAGAAGAUAUUGAUGAAAUAAUAAUAAAAAUGUCUGACGAUGUUAUUGCUGAAGCCCUUGAUCAGUUAACUACUGAACAAAUCGAACAGUUUAAAAAAUAUUUUAAUAUGUUUGAUAAAGAAAAUAAAGGAUACAUUAGAGCUACACAAGUAGGACAAAUUCUUAGAACAAUGGGACAAGCAUUUGAAGAAAGAGAUUUAAAACAACUUAUCAAACAAUUUGAUGCUGAUGGUUCUGGUGAAAUAGAAUUUGAAGAAUUUGCUGCUAUGGUUGCAAAUUUUGUUGUUUCAGGAGAUGAUAAUGCUGGUCUUGAAGAAGAACUUCGUGAAGCUUUUCGUCUAUAUGACAAAGAAGGAAACGGUUAUAUAAAUGUUUCUGAUCUUAGAGAAAUUCUAAGAGCGUUAGAUGAUAAUAUUACUGAAGAGGAAUUAGAUGAAAUGAUUACUGAAAUUGAUUCUGAUGGUUCUGGAACAGUUGAUUUUGAUGAAUUUAUGGAAAUGAUGUCUGGAGAGUAA